AUGGAAGAUGUCCAGCAGUCAGUUCAAUAUGAAAAGCCAGCUCUCAUGAUAGAUCUGGACCAAAGGCUCAUCCGGGAUCGCGUGCCCCCCCCACCGGAGGAACGACAAGCCAAGGAUCAGAGGCUUGCCCUGGCCAGAUCUCCUCCUCCUCGAUUCUCCCCCUCCAUACACUCCUACCGCUCCUCCCCAACCUGCUGCCCCCCCGGUCCCUAUUCCUUCCCCCCCCCUCUCUCUUGUUCCUCCUGUCCCUCCCAUUCCCAUCGUUCCCCCACCUCCUCCGACCCCUCAGGCCAGCGGAGGGCAGAACAUUGGCCCAGCCAGAGGGACAAGGAGCCGCCAGGCCCCCUCACCAGGGGCCACUGUGGCACUUCCCCUUUGAGCCCUCGGCCCCCCCCCAAGGAUGGCCAGCAACUCCUACAGUAUUGGCCUUUUUCUUCCUCAGACCUAUACAACUGGAAGGCCCAAAAUACCCCUUUUUCAGAAAAUCCCAGAGGGUUGAUCAAUCUGAUUGAAUCUUUACUUUUUACCCAUCAGCCCACUUGGGAUGACUGCAACCAGUUGUUACAGGUCCUGUUUACCACAGAAGAAAAAGACCUGAUCCUCCUAGAGGCCCAGAACAAUGUACCGGGGGCCAAUGGGCAACCCACUCAGAACCCAGCCAUUAUCGAGGAGGGGUUCCCCCUGACCAGACCUGAUUGGGACUUCAACACCCUGGAAGGAAGCCAGGCACAAAUGAAUACCGCCCAGUCCAAGACCUGCGAGAAGUUAACAAGCAGCCAAAAUGAGAGAAGAUUGCCUGAAAGGGAUGGAGAAACUUCUGGCAGAAUUAGGAACUCUAGGGUAUUGGGCAUCAGCCAAGAAAGCACAAAUCUGCAAACGACAGACGCUGAAGCCACCUGGUUCACAGAUGGAAGCAGCUACCUAGACCAAGGAAAGCGUAAGGCAGGAGCGGCUGUGGUAGAUGGAGAAAAGAUAGUGUGGGCUCAGCCCCUCCCCGAGGAAACCUCGGCACAGAAAGCUGAGCUCAUUGCUCUUACGAGAGCGCUAGAACUGGGGUCCGGAAAGAAAAUUAGCAUCUAUACAGAUAGCAGCAGCCAACAAAAGACCAACAGAAGCCUGAGCCUCUGCAAAUUCUUGCUGGUGAUCCAGAUGAAGAACCAGUAUUGCCCCCAGCUUAUGUGUCCCCAAGGCCAUCAACACCCAGCCCCCAGGCCCCGGACACUGUGCCACUGUCGGUAUCCCCGCCACCUCCACACCCAGUGGACUGACUCUCCCCUGGAUGAGCAGCCAGACUGCGCCCUCAACCAGUUGCAGGCACCCUUCAGAUGCUGCCCCCUUCAGUGGAAGGACUGCAACUAUUCUCUGGGACAAAAGCAGUUCAGCAGCACUCCUGCCAAGCCCGUCAAUCUGGCCCCCCAAAGCCAGCACCAGUUUGCCUUCAAAUGGACUGAACUGGAUACUGGGCAGCAGAUGCAGUUAACAUGGAUGCAGCUUCCACAAGGGUUCAAGAACUCAUCCACUCUCUUUGGAAAGGCAUUGGCUGCAGACCUUGCCAGUUUUCCGAGAGAAGCCACACUCUGCGCCCUCCUCCAGUAUGCAGAUGACCUCCUCCUUGCCAGUGACACCCAAGAGAACUGUGCAGAGGGCACGAAGGCCCUCCUGCAACUCCUGUCAGGCUCAGGAUACUGA